UGUUCCUGGCGAUACAGUUAUUUUUAAUGGAUUUAUCGAUAAUGGAUCUGCUGAACCAAUGACAUACACCAUGAAACUGAAACAAAAUGUGACAUGUUUUGGAAAGCGUUCUGACUUCAGUUGGACUUCAUCCGGAAACACAAAACAGAAAGAAAAGGAAUUUACUGUCGCUAAAUGGAAAAGCGAACCUAUAUCAUCAAACCAGAGAAGAACUUUGCGAAAUGAAGCAACUUUAACCAUCCCUGAUGUUGUUGCAACAGGAUUAAAGUAUUGCAACAUCAUAGAUGUUACAUAUACUCUGCAGGUUUAUGUUUUUAUCUGUCUAUGUGGUGCGACUAUGAAUCUACAACCGAUGACAGUUACCAUUGGUAGCAAGAUGUCUGAUGAAACAGAACAAACACAAAUACAAGCACAACCAACUGCACCUCAAUAUGAAUUUUCAGCAUACCUACCUCCCACUACUUCAGUUCCAGCAUCCCAACCCAGUGAUAUUGUUGGUGUUUCACUAGGACCUGGAAAGGUAAACUAUGAGCCCCCUCCACCUAGUUAUGGGGAGGCAAUGGCAAAAGAUACAUACAACCCAAGUGCGCCCCCUGCACCCACGCAGUACUACGACUGGUCUCAAUCCGCAUUUACUUAUAACUAAGUAUAUUAUCACUUUUUCAUUUUUUAAAGAACCAAAGUGCUUCACAUACAACCAAGUAUAUCAGCAUUUUUUUAAUUUUUACUGCUAUAAAUACAACAUGUUUACUAGCAAUAAGUGAUACAAAAUAGGUUAUAACCGGUUUAUUUCUAGCAUAUUAAAAAUUCAAAACUAAACUUUUUGCCUUUUCUCUACAUUCUUUGAUCUCUUGUCUGAAAACAAUUUAAUAACCAUUUUACUCUUGUUUUUUCCUUUAAAGAUCAAUGCCACAACUUACCGUUUAUUAGUUUUAUUGUUCUUUCAUGACUCCCUUCUCGAUAUAUAUUGCUAAUCUUGGUGCUUCAAAAUAUGUACAGUUCUACUGCACUACAUACCAUACCUGUCUUAGUAUAAUGUUUCACGUUUUCCCAGCUUUUUUGCUAUUAUACCUUGACAAACUCUUACACUUAUUUUAUAUAUUUAAACAAAGAGGGUUUCACUUCAAUAUGAAUGUCAAUCAAAGCCCAAAAUGUUAAACUCAAACUACCACUUGUACUAAUCAUUUUAACACUUUUAUUUUAUCUCAACCUUUUUGUGUACGGUUGCAGUUUUUGUAUUUGUGUUUACUCAGAGAAACUUACCACCCUAACAGUAAGAUAUCGUUUCCACAUUUAUAUUGCAUAGUGUUAUAUAUAAAAUCAUUGCUAGCAUGACAUUAGUUUUGUGUCUUCAUGUAGAAUUAUUAUUAGCAUGAUAAAAUGGUUAAGUACUGUAGUUAGACAAUAUCGAAUGUUGAUUUACUAUGUAAUGUGUGCAUGAAAUUGGUAUAUCAGAAACUUUUGCUAAUUCUAAAUAUACUAUACUCCGGGCUGAAUUUGAAUCGGAAUUACACUUAAACACCCUUUCAGAAACUUGAUAAAUAUAUAAUAUGUUAAUCGCAAUCGCGUUUCCACAAUUGCGUGACAUUUUUAAUUCAGGUCAAAUUAAGUUUACCUGCUUUGUUUUUUUUAAAACAACUUAUAGUUCUGGAAGCUUCGGUGUUAAAUUCAGCCCUAGAUUUAUCCUUUAAUAAUGCAAAAGAUAUAGUUUCAACGGUGUUUUUCAAAAGUAUGUUUUUUAACAACUUUGUUAAACUGGUAUGAGUAUCUACAAUAAUGUAUUGCAAAUGAUUGUUUUUUGAUAUCGGUACAUUGUUUCCUAUCAAUUCUUUAUUUUUGCUAAUACCGUACAGCAGCCUUCAGAUAUACCCUUUACUGGCAUGAAAUAAAUCUACAACCUAAUGCAAAA